AUGGCCGAACAUCCCUCCUUCACCCUUGCAGCCCUUUUGCCCGUAGGCGGCAUCGCUGGAUACCUCAAGACCCGCUCAGCACCCUCCUUGAUCGCGGGCGUUGGACUUGGAGUCUCAUAUGCCUAUGCUGGAUAUCUGAUCAAGGAGAACCGUGAUUACGGCACUGAGCUUGCACUGGGAAACAGUGUCCUCCUGCUUGGUUCUGCAAUCCCUAGGAUCAUCAAGACUGGAGCUAAGGCUCCUAUUCCUUUGGCGCUCGGGGCUACUGGCUUAUUGGCGUCGUACUACUACCAGAAGAAAGUCAGGGAGUUCCGAUUUGGGGUCUAA